AUGUAUGUUUCUUCACCCAUAGAUUGCAGUUCCCAGGUGCUAGUGGGUGAGCCAGUUAUAUUCUCACUGUGCUCUUUUAUUGGACUUGAUCCUCUUUUGCCCCUCACACAUUCCGAAGAUAGAAAACUAGCUACAUUUCAGUUGAUUAGGUCUGAAGCAGUGCCCUUCUUUGGAAUAUCUGAGAUUCUGAAAAGUUUUGAAGGAGCUAUCACUGAUUCAGUUCGUCUUUGCAAACCAAAAUAUGAAGGCUUGUUUCAAAUUCGUCAAUCUUUAAUUCAACUCUUCAAGCAUGCUUUUGGUGAUCUUUCCUUUCUUGUGUCGAUUGAUCUAAGCCUCAACAAUUUCCAUGGUGAACUUCCAUCAGAAUUUUCUCAUUUACGAAGAUUGGGAGAGGUUGAUCUUAGUUACAACAACUUCACUGGAGAAAUUCCAAUAGGACUAGCUACUCCUCCGCGUUUGAAACGGUUGAGUUUUGGAUUCGAUGAAUCACUUAAUGGCUCCAACGUGCUUUCCAUAUUGAGCAUCUCAACACUAGAAUAUUUGGAUCUUGGAAAUGCUGGUUUAACUGGUGAUAUCCCUUCUGAUUUAUGUCAUCACGUUCCCAGAUUGCAAGCUCUUGGACUUGACUCCAAUGUGUUAAGUGGACGGAUACCAAGAACUAUAUCUAAAUGCUCGGAACUUCCAACUCCUAUGGUUGAAACAAAAUAA